AUGUUGAAUCCAAGUGGUGGAAUUCCCCGGGGCAUAAGCCUUUCCAACACAGUCCAUUCGGAGGUCGCGCCGUGCUUGCCGUUGCCGUCUCUGCCGGUGUUUUGUGGUGCGCUUGAUGAGGUGCUCCACUUGUUCGAUGAGCAUAGCAGUUCGAGAUCGUUGAAUCGGAAUGAUGUUGUUAAUCAAGCUAGCAGAAUAGCUGAUCUGCUACGGAACACUGAUGUUUCUUACUUGAAUCUUAGAGCUGAGGCAAGUCCUCAACCUUAUGGCUAUGUGGGUUCUCUGGACCUUUAUAAUGAAGUUCUUACAUACGAUUCUGAAGCAUUUGAGCACAUAGCUCCAGGUCCUAUUAAAGAUCAAAUUUGUAGUACAGUAACCGACAAGAAGCCUUUUGAGCAAAGUGUCCCCAUAACUAAUGACGCCCAGAGAGAAUUUGGAGGAAUUCAAAAUCGUCAGCAUGGCGUCGUUGUUCCUAAUGAUGCUGUUACAUCUUCUUCUAGAAAACAGAAAGCCAAGAAGAAGGGAAGUGGUGACAUUUUGUCAUCAGCAGGUCCUGAUGCUACUGAGCGUCAAGAUGCUGCUGUUGGAAGCUUUUGUGAGUUGUUGGAGGACUUCUGUGGAAGAGCAGAAAUUCUCAGUGAUGACCGGGAUGAAGCGGAGUGGUUACCAUUGCCUAUUUCUGAUCUUAGGAUGCUUGUGAACGAAAUUAUGUCUAUUCGAGCGAAGAAAGUCCUACAUGUGGUUCCUGUAGAUGUUCUUGUGAGAAUGUUGAGAGUUUUAGAUCAUCAGAUUCAUCGGGCAGAAGGUUUAUCAAUUAAUGAUUGUGGACAUGCUGUAGAAUUGUUUCACGUUGCUGCUGUGGCCACAGUUGUGUACAGAAGGAUAGAUUGGAAAGGAUAUGGGUGGGCUUUCAUCUUGUCUUGUGCAGAUUCAGAUGUAGUGUCAUCUGUUUGUGGUGCUCUGGAAUCAAUUCAUGCAGCUCUAGCAAUAAUGGCUCAUAGGGGCAUGGCAAAGCAGCUCUAUAAAGAAGAGAUAAUUGAAAGAAUUCUGGAGUUUUCUAGGCAUCAGAUUACAGACGUUAUGUGUGCUUGUGAUCCAGCAUAUCGUGCCCUGCAUAAACCAGAUGAAAAUGGGGUUCUUGAAGGUGAAGAAGAUGAAGAGAUUGAUGCUGAUUUUGGUUCCGCAAGUAGGAAAAGGCGUACUUCUAAGAAUAUAAAAGUGAAGAAAUCAGCAGCAAACAAGAUGUCUGCUGCUGUCACCACCAUACUUCAGAAACUCUGCACGAUUAUUGGUUUUCUGAAGGAUUUGUUGUCGAUAGAGCGGCUAUCAGAUAGUUGCAUUCUGCAAUUGGUGAGGACAAGCUUUACAACAUUCUUGGUGGAUAAUAUCCAGCUCUUGCAGCUGAAAGCAAUCAAUUUAAUUAGCGGGGUAUUUUAUACAUACACACAGCAUCGCACUUAUAUAAUGGAUGAAGUACUUCAGCUGCUUCUGAAGUUACCCUUUUCGAAGCGAGUACCAAGAACCUAUCAUCUACCUGAUGAAGAGCAAAGGCAGAUUCAGAUGAUUACUGCUCUGUUGAUUCAGUUGGUUCAUUGUAGUGCAAACCUUCCUGAAGCUAUAAAGCAGACAACUAAUGGCAUUUCUUUGUUAGAAGUCUCAAUUGAUGCCAGUUACCCUACCAAAUGCCUUGAGGCAGUCACAGAGGCAUGCUGUUUGUUUUGGAGUCGUGUUCUUCAGCGGUUUACGAGUACAAAAACUCAAGAAGCAUCUGAGGUGAAGACAAUGAUGGAGAAUCUUGUAAUGGAUUUGCUGACAACAUUGAAUUUACCUGAAUAUCCUGCUUCUGCUCCUCUUUUGGAGGUUCUGUGUGUCUUACUUCUCCAAAAUGCUGGACUGAAAUCUAAAGAUGUUGCUGCUCGUUCAAUGGCCAUUGACCUUCUUGGUACUAUUGCUGCAAGGUUGAAACAUGAUGCUGUCCUGUGCAGGAGAGAAAUUUUUUGGAUAGUGCAGGAGAUGAUAAUUAAGGACAAUGCUGACUGCAGCUAUUCAAAAGAGGCAUGUUCUGUUUGUUUGGAUGCUAAGUCUGAAAAAUCCCUGUUUGUAUGUCACGGUUGUCAGAGAUUAUUUCAUGCAGACUGCAUGGGAGUUAGAGAACAUGAAGUUCCUACCCGCAGCUGGUACUGCCAGUUUUGCCUCUGCAGGAAGCAGCUUAUUGUCUUAGAAUCUUACUGCAAGUCGCAGUGCAAGGAUGAUGAGAAAAAGAAUCAUAGUUCGUCAGAAAAGUCAUCUGAAUCAACCUAUCCACCUACAAAAGUGGAGAUUGUCCAGCAGAUGCUUUUGAAUUACCUCCAGGACUCUGGGUCUGCCACUGAUGUGCAUCUCUUUACCCGCUGGUUUUAUCUUUGCCUGUGGUACAAAGAUGACCCUAAUUCUCGACAGAAGUUGUUCUUCUACCUUGCCAGAUUGAAAUCGGAAGCAAUUGUGCACGACUCUAGGAUUAGUUCUUCAUUAUUUACCAGGGAUUCAGUCAAGAAGAUAGCGAUGGCAUUGGGACAAAAUAAUUCUUUCUCCAGAGGCUUGGAUAAGAUUCUUCAUAUGCUUCUGGCAAGUCUAAGGGAGAACUCACCUGUGAUUCGGGCCAAGGCAUUACGAGCUGUUAGUAUCAUUGUAGAGGCUGAUCCAGAGGUUUUGUGUGAUAAGCUUGUUCAAACAGCCGUUGAAGGAAGGUUUUGUGACUCAGCUAUAUCUGCAAGAGAAGCAGCGCUGGAACUUGUUGGGCGGCAUAUUGCAUCACAUCCUGGUGUUGGUUUGAAGUAUUUCGAAAAGGUUGCUGAGAGAAUGAAGGAUACUGGAGUUAGUGUCCGAAAGCGAGCCAUCAAAAUCAUAAGAGAUAUGUGUAUUUCAAACACUACCUUCACAGAGUUUACAAGUGCUUGUGUUGAGAUCAUUUCUCGUGUGAAUGAUGAAGAAUCCAGUAUUCAGGAUCUAGUCUGCAAAACUUUUUAUGAGUUCUGGUUUGAGGAACCUUCUGGCUCACACACUCGUCUUUUUGGAGAUGGUAGUUCUGUUCCCUUGGAGGUGGCUAAGAAGACUGAGCAGAUUGUUGAGAUGUUGCGAAGGAUGCCUAGUUAUCAACCCCUUAUAACCGUCAUUAAGCGCAACUUAGCCCUUGAUUUUUUUCCCCAAUCAAUGAAAGCUGCUGGGAUCAACCCUGUGUCACUUGCUUCGGUACGUAAGCGCUGUGAGUUAAUGUGCAAGUGCUUGUUGGAGAGGAUAUUGCAGGCGGAGGAAAUGAACAAUGAAGAAGUGGAGGGUCACACACUUCCUUAUGUCCUGCUCUUGCAUGCUUUCUGUGUUGUGGAUCCUACACUCUGUGCACCGGUUUCUGAUCCUUCCCAGUUUGUAGUCACGCUACAGCCCUAUUUAAAGACUCAGGCCAACAAUCGGGUAGUCGCACAGCUACUGGAGAGUAUAAUCUUUGUGAUUGAUUCUGUUUUGCCUAUGCUUCGGAAGCUUCCUCAAAGUGUAAUUGAAGAACUAGAACAAGAUCUAAAGCAAAUGAUUGUUCGACAUUCUUUCUUGACAGUGGUACAUGCUUGCAUCAGGUGCCUUUGCUCAGUGUGUAAAUUAGCGGGAAAAGGUUCAGCUGUAGUUGAGUAUCUUAUCCAGUUAUUUUCCAAACGUUUGGAUGCCCUCGGUUUUGAAAAUAAGCAGCUAGUGGGCCGCUCUCUUUUCUGUCUUGGGUUGCUAAUACGUUAUGGUAACUCUUUGCUGAGUAUGUCCUGCUCCAGCAACAGAAAUAUAGAUGUUGUAAGCAGCCUCAACCUGUUUAAGAAGUAUCUCCAGGCUGAGGACUUUGUUAUAAAGGUCAGGUCUUUGCAGGCAUUGGGCUAUGUUUUGAUUGCUCGGCCUGAAUAUAUGUUGGAAAAGGAUGUGGGAAGAAUAUUGGAGGCUACACUGUCAUCAAAUACUGAUGCUCGUCUUAAGAUGCAAGCAUUGCAAAACAUGUAUGAUUAUCUUCUUGAUGCUGAAAGUCAAAUGGGAAGUGAUAAAGCCAGUAAUGCAGAUAUAAUAGAUGGGGGCCACAAUGUACCUGUUGCUGCAGGUGCAGGUGAUACUAACAUCUGCGGCGGAAUAGUUCAGUUGUAUUGGGAUAGAAUUUUAGGGAGGUGUUUGGAUGUGAAUGAACAAGUGCGCCAGUCUGCUCUCAAGAUUGUGGAAGUUGUGCUGCGCCAAGGUUUAGUCCAUCCAAUUACUUGUGUUCCAUACCUUAUAGCACUUGAAACAGAUCCUGAGGAGGGGAAUUCGAAGCUGGCUCAUCAUUUGCUGUUGAAUAUGAACGAGAAGUAUCCUGCUUUUUUUGAGAGCCGGCUGGGAGAUGGCCUUCAGAUGUCAUUUAUCUUCAUACAGUGUAUAAGUGAAAGUUCUCCUGGCAAUUUAUUCCAUAAAGCCCAGUCCAAGUUAACUGGUGCUUUGAAGGGGAAAUCAGAUAGUGGUUCUUUUUCUUAUGCAAGGUUUGGUGUUUCUCGAAUUUACAAGCUCAUCCGUGGAAAUCGUGUUUCAAGGAACAAGUUUAUGGCUUCUGUUGUGCGGAAGUUUGAUACUCCAAGCUGGAAUGACUCAGUAAUCCCUUUUCUGAAGUAUUGUGCAGAAAUCCUCGCUUUACUCCCUUUCACAUUGCCUGAUGAGCCUCUUUAUUUGAUCUAUGCUAUAAAUCGGAUUAUGCAAGUUAGAGCUGGAACGCUAGAGGCAAAUAUGAAGGUCUUUCUGCAUUUUUUACAAGGAAAUGAUCAAAAGAUACCUAAUGGAAAUGGGACAAUGAAACCAGAGCCAUCUUCUCUACACAAUUAUAAUCAUGCUUUAUCAGUUGAUGUGAAUGAGACAGUUCAGGAAGAGUUAGCUGGUCAUUAUAUUUCUAAUCAUAACGAGUAUGAGGACUCAAAUUUACAUGCUACAACCUCAGGCAAUUCUUGUUGCAUCUCUGGAGAUGAUCUGCAGAAAAUCCAGGUCGAUUGUCUGGCAGCUGGUGCAUUACAACUCCUCCUAAAGCUAAAGAGGCAUCUAAAAAUUGUGUAUAGUCUAAAUGAUGCCCGUUGCCAGGUUUUUACUCCAAAUGAACCUCCAAAACCAGGAGAGGUUUUUUCGAGACUGAACAUUCCUUUCGACGUUGGUGAAGUACACAUUGAUCUGCCUACUACUUAUCAAGGCUUGUUACAAAGAUAUCAGGAAUUCAAGAAUGCCUUGAAGGAAGACACGGUUGAUUAUUCAACCUACACAGCAAAUAUCAAAAGGAAACGCCCUCCUCCAAGAAAGGGUGGGAAGUCCAGCCAUUUUAUGGGUGGCGACGGUGAAGAUGAUGAUGAUGAAGAUUGGGGAAGUGGCGUACGGAGGCUAAAUAACGGUGGCAGGAAAGGCAGUAGAAGUAGGCAGCGUUUAGAAUUGUAAAUACUUACAGGUAAAGCUAACAUGUACAGUUUGUAGGAGAGAAGAUAACGACAUAGAAGCAGCAAGAACAAGAACGGUGGAAAAGUAGAAUGAGGGCGAACAUCAAUGGCCGGGUCCCAAAGAUUCUGAAGUUGUUUUCAUCUCGUAACUUGCUUGGCUUAAUAUUCAUAGUGCUCUGAUUUUUGGCAUGAUUUACAACCAUUGUAGAUGCCUCGCCCAGAUGGCAUGUGAUGCAGCCUUCAGGUUAGGCUUUGAACUAUCUGAAAGCUUCACAUUAGGCUUUCAUUCAGAGUUGAGGAUUGACGGGGAGAAAUUUUUGGUG